CUGCUCCACAUCUGAAAAUUAUAGUUACGGUUCAUCCUCAUGUCCGCACUCAGCAGUUCUUGAUCCUUCGUGUGGCGUGCGCAAACGACCAUGCCGAGCGGACAGUACACUAUAGAUGACUCAAGCAGAGGUCGCGGAGAUACAUCGUUUCGUGCGUGUGUGAUAGCGCUGCUCAUUUUUCUUCUGUUUUGUGUGACCAUCAUUAUUGUUUUAUUGGUGGUGAAGAAAGACACCGGUUCAGGAACUACUGCCAAAAGUGAGGAUGGAUCAGCAUCAAAGCACACCGGGGAUGAGCCUGGGAAAGAAGACAGAAGAGACUCGGAGGGCGCAAGCGAGGGAACCACCCACGCUGGGCCUUCCUCGACGCCACCGCCGCUCGCUCCGGCAGGUAAGGCGACUGAAGAGACGACAACUAAGAAGACAGCAAGUAGAGAUUCCUCUGAAGAUCGAAGCUCAUCAGAGACCAAACAUGUCAAAGCAUCUACAGAAUAUCCUUCAUCUACAGAACAUAGCGCUUCAAUAGAGCCGCGUAGAGGAUUAGUGGGUGUAGAUGACACCACCGACUACACCGGUACCUCUACAGAAUUCUCUAUGGCCGUAUUAACAGGAAGUACUGUUUUGCCAGAGAUGCCUAGAUCAAUAGAGAAUGCAACGACUACUUCCACAGAAAGAUCUUUCAGGUCGACCACAGGAGUUUCUGCGGAAUCAGCGGAAUCUGCGACCACAGAUGUUUCAGCUUCAGAGACGCACAGUAUUGACACAUCUGGGAAUCUCACAAGUACCUCUACAGAACCUCCUACCAGUACCUCUACUGCGUCCCUAGGUCUACGUAGAUCUUUGGAGGAAAGUGCUGAACGAACAGCGUCGACUUCUACAGAACAUUCUUCGAGAACUGAGGUGCCUCCUAUUAUCCCAACUUCACCUCCUCCUCCAGUUCCAUGUACCUCUUCGGAGUGCAAAAAGCUGGGUGCGACCAUCCUGGCUACCAUGGGGCUCGAUGCAGAUCCGUGUAAGCAGUUCUACGAAUACGCUUGCGGCGGGCUCCGAGAGAACAAGUACUUGUUGGAGCCUGAGUACGACGAAGAAGCCUGGCAUCGCAUAAACGGCAUGGUUGAUAAAAUCAACCCAUCAAGUCCCGAAAGUUACAAAAAGUUCAACACUCUCAUACAAAGUUGCAAAACAUAUGAUCCAGUGAAAGAUAUACACACAUGGAAAGACGCAGUGAAUAAGGAAAUGAAGGAUUUAGGAGACAUCGCCCUUGAGGACGCAGGGUAUUCUCAGAACUUUACGCGCCUCUUCUUGGGUCUUUUACAGCACGACAGGUGUUAUCUUCGGUGCUUGGAUAGUCGACGACAAUGCGCGAGCAGAAGUCUGAUUGCGGGUUAAAAUAAUUUCUUGUCCGCAAUGAAAUGGAGAACGCAGCUGGUAAUGCGCAGAGGAUAAUGGGGCCUAACAGUGCAGGUAUAGCGCUAAAAAAUAUCGAAAAGUUUGAAGACAUUUACCAACGAAACUUAAUCGACGAUUGCAUGAACAACGAUAUUGGAAGAACAAACGCCUACGAAGUCGCCAAAGAAGCUCUUCUAUCUCUUGGCAUUUUCAGUGCUAUCGACGAAGCGGGUAAAUUAAACGAAACAAUACUGAACUACGUAGAUUUUCUGGUCCUUAAUAAUGAAGUUCUGGGUGAGAAGGCCGCGCGGCGAGUGGAACUCCUGAACAGAGACCCUGAGCUGAAAACAGUUGCGGAAGUGAACGAAAUGUUUGUGGAAGGUGUCACGGUGGAUAUGUCAGCCAUAAUUGAAAAGCUUAUCGGGCGGCCACUGAACGAGGAUGAAAGAGUGCAAGUCUAUUCCGCCGGAUACUUUAAGACACUAAACGACAAAUAUAAACUGCGGCCGCGCGACCUGCACAAAGCGCGCUGCUGGUGGCGGUUCGCGGCGGCGCGCUACCGCGACCCUGGUGGGAGCAGCGCUGGCGGCCGCGCGGUUCUCGCAUGCACUGCACGCGCCUGGGCGCCGCUGCUGGCCCGACGCCGCGCCGCUCUACUGCACAUCCUUGCUCGACGCGCGGCGCGCAGCUGCGAGGCCCAGGCCGGCAACUUCCUCUUCGAGGUCACCAACAAUUCUGCGGGAGCUGGACACGCCCCCUGGCUCAGAGGGGCCGCGGAGGCGCUCAGGAAGACCUCGAGUAGCAAGAUGGAGAGCAUUAAGAUCGCCAACAUCACCGACCACACACGCGACGUGAUGGAUACUCUUAAACUGGACGCAGCUCUCAACGACUAUCCAAUUGAUGGAGAAGGAUUCGUCAAAAACGCCAUUAUGUUGAUGGUUCGAAAUAGAAAACGUUUGUAUAAAAGAAUUGACGAAGAACCUAUUAAGAACAUAUGGACUCACUUCAUUGCCCCCUACGACACCACAGGAAUAACUCUAAAGAGGUUUCUCUUUUGCAGCGAUUCCGUUGGGCGCCAUGGAAAAGCCUUUUUAUGAUCCAGAUUAUCUGCGCCACAUCCGCCUGGCGGGGUUAGGUUUCUCUGUAGCUCACGAGAUGGCGCAUCAUAUAGACUCGCUCGGUAUUAAGUUCAAUACCUCUAUAGAUGAACACACAAGAAGUGACUACAAAGAAAAAGUCCCACACUUCCUUGUAUGGGAGAGUGAAGUAAACGUUGAGUAUAUGAAUAUGACUGGGCCAAGUAAACAUAAGAUUGUACAUUUUAAGUUUGAAGAUACAGAGCUGAAAGAGAAGGAAUAUUUUGCAGACACGAUAGCUAUUCAAUUAGCUUAUAAAGCAUUCAAGAAAAAAGAGACUAAAACAGAUAUCGUAUUGCCAUACCUGCCACUAACAAACGACCAAAGUUUCUUCGUAUUUUUGGCUCAGAAAUUUUGCACCAAAUUGGACUACUUUUCUAUGGUGCUAGACUUUUUUGAAUCGCCAUUUUUCCCACCGGAAACACGGGUCAAAAAUAUGUUGAAGAACAACGCAGCCUUCUACAAAGCAUUCAACUGCAAAUCAACCAAUAUGACUGACUAUCCUUUCCCAUAUAUAGAGGUUCCUUACGACGACGUGACUGGAGUAUAAUAUUAAUGAAUGCAGAUGUUUUGUUGCCUUAAUCAUAAACAAUCUUGAAUAUUUGGAAAUAAAAACAAAAUAAAUUAGAAAUGUAUAAAUGUAUUUAAGCGUUCGGGAGAAGUGCACAUUAAAAUGUGUUUUAGUUGCAUCAGAUUUCUCUUCUAACGUCCGUACAGACAAGUGUACGUAAACAAGAAUUCUACAAUGAUUUUUCUUCAAAAACUGGCCUUGUCUGCUCUAUGGAGUUCCGUUUUUUCGAGUUUCAAAGUUUUUUCUAGACUUCGGAAACAAAUUGAAAUCUUGUAGUUUCAAUUCAUAAUAUAUCAUCUGCAUGAGCAAAUUCGUUGGUGAGAUGCUCAGAGUUCUGUCGCCUGGAGUUGAAAUAAUACUCUCUAGAACCUUCUUAUCCACGAACCACUUCUGCAUGCAAACCACAGAAUCCGAACUUUUAAAACUGCAUUUUUCGGUACGUCACCGCUGUAGACGAUUUGAGAGUUCACUCAAUGAUGAUAUUCGGUGUCUGGUAGUUUCCUUACGUUGUUUUGUUAUCUUACGAAUCUAAAUCUUACUUGCCAAAUCUAAAUUUUCUAAAUAUAAGUAUUUAGUGUUCUUAUUCCAAGGAUUCCACGAAAAUACUUCUGAUGGAGUACACAUAUCAUAGGAGAAAAUAUUUGUUUGACAUGAAAAACAAAUUUCUCCCUCCAAUAGAAAUUAUUGGAAUAUUUUUUGUACUUAUAAAUAUCAUUAUUUAUUAUGAUUAUUUUCGUAAAUGCAAUAGAUCUAUUGUAUUCUAAAAAAUCAAGUAAUUUCGAAGCUUAAAAACACAUUUCUUUUUAUUCGAAAUGCGCGUGAGCACUUCUAACUUUUCUCAAUAUUAGGAAACUUAUUAUUUCAAAAUAAUAUUACUAAUAUAAAAAUAAAUUAAUUUGUAUUGAACAGCCACACAAUUUAAAUACUGUUGAUGUGGAUUUAUCUUAACAUUUAAAUGAUUAUUUCCGUAAAAGUUACCAGACAAAGCGCAUGAUUAUGGUGGUAACCAAAUUU